AUGGAGGUCCAAGACUCAAACCCCGAAAACAAUAUCACUUGUGCCCAGCGCUCGUCCCCCACACGGGUUUUGGAGCAUUAUCUCCAACAAUUCGACUCAGACUCGCUACCGGAUCCUUCAUUUUCCCAGCUGGGACAUGAUCCUGUCACUUCUUCUCUACACUCCAAUCCCUACAUUGAUCCGCCGUCAUUCGACCAGAGCGAUAUUCGCGAGGUUCCAUAUACCCCUCUCAAGAGAUCAUUUUCAUCGGCGUCGCUCAGUCCUCCCAACAGCAUUCACCGUCACGCGAAGCACCAAGCUAUCGGAGCCGAGCAAGACGAGUUUGAGGAUGAGAUCAUUGAGGAGACACGGUUCAUGUCAUUCAGUGACCCGCUUCCAACGAGAAGAAGCGAGGCAGACUUCGUUGUACCCAACUUAGUACACUUGCCAGCCAUUAGCAAGCCUCAUACGUUUGACGAUGAGGAUGAGAUCAUUAAGGAGACACGGUUCACAUCGUCCACCGACGUGCCGUCAGCCACCAGAAGCGAGCCAGAAUUUGUCAUUCCCCAAUCAGACGACCUGCCGAUCAUUCCAAAGCCUGCCAGGUCUGACGAUGACGAGGUCAUUGAAGAGACAAUAUUCAUAUUAUCCAACGACGUGCCGUCAGUCAACAGAAGCGACCCAGACUCCGCAGUGCCCAGCUUGGAGCAACUGCUGGCUAUAAUUGCGCUUGGCGGGCAACCAUGUUAUCUCUCCACCACUGUCGCAGAGGACCAUAUCACAUCUGAACAAUUCAUCACACCAACACUCGUCAAGCUCGCCGCCACGCUUGAGAUCCCCAAGCGCUUCGAGUCACGGAUUGAGAAACAAGCUCGCGUCAUCAAUGCCUUCGAGCGGCGCUUCUGGCAGAUCGACUGCACCGGCUUAGGUUGGGACGAGCAGCUCAGGUACGAAGCGUGGGCGUUUCUGACGGACUACAUCGCCAGCGGCGUGGCAGGCUAG